UGCUAACGGGCCUCAUGUAUUACCGUCCUGAAGAUCCCGUCAGUUAUCUGGAAUGUUGCUUACAGAAAGUCCGGGAGCUGGGAGGUCCUGAGAUGGUACAGUGGGACACCUUCAUUGCUCAGGAUCCACAGGCUGCACAUCCCGUGAACAGCGAGCACCGAAAACCAAUCUUCCACAAAGGCUCAGGCACAGCAGCAUACCACCAAUAUGAACAUCUGCCACCAAUCGAGAGCCAGUUUUCCAUCGAGAGCGACUCGGACAUGACGGAAUCCACCGGGCUGAUCCAGGAAUAUGACAUAUUUGACCCAGCCCGACCUCGUCCUAAGAUCAUCUUUGUGAUAGGGGGCCCUGGCAGCGGAAAGGGGACUCAGAGCAACCGGAUUGCUUCCUACUUUGGGUUCAGCUGCAUCUCUGUAGGCGAGAUUCUGCGUAACCAAAUGAUCCAUCACGCCACGAGCGACAGGAAAUGGGAGCUGAUAGCCAAAAUAAUUGCCAAUGGGGAGCUGGCCCCACCGGAAACGACAAUUGAGGAGCUGAAGCAACAGUUUAUAAAGCGGCAGGAUGCCAAGGGCUUUGUGGUGGACGGCUUUCCCCGGGAGAUCGGCCAGGCCUUCACAUUUGAGGAGCAGAUCGGCUCUCCAGACCUUGUAGUGUUCCUGGCUUGUUCCAGCCAAGAGCUCCGUCAGCGUCUAGAAAAGCGGGCGCAGGAGCAAGGCCGUUUGGAUGAUAACACCCACGCUAUCCAGCGCAGGCUGGAGACCUUCAGGCACAAUGUCCCGUUGAUCGUGAAAUAUUACCAAGAAAAGGGGACCGUCAUCCGGUUCGAUGCAGACAGAGAGGAAGAUGAUAUAUUUGCAGACAUCAGCUCCUGUGUUCAGCAGCGGCUAUUCCCAGAGGGGAUGGAGGUUCCAGAGUCCCCGCUGCUGGCUUCACUGGACGCUCUCUUCAGCCCUGGCCGAGAACCUCCAAAGGAGGAGCGGGAGGAAGGGCAGGCUGAAGAGUUCCUCAGCUCAGAUCUCCUCAAGAUGUCAGCAGAAAAACUGAAGAACCACAAAAUCAUCUUUGUCGUAGGGGGGCCUGGCUCGGGAAAGGGGACCCAAUGUGAGAGGAUCGUGCAGAAGUAUGGCUACACCCACCUGUCCACUGGAGACCUCUUGAGGGCAGAGGUCGGCUCUGGCUCAGAGAGGGGGAAGAAGCUAUCCGCCAUCAUGGAGAAGGGAGAGUUAGUUCCCUUGGACACCGUUCUUGAUAUGCUGAGGGAUGCCAUGGUGGCCAAGGCAGAUGUUUCCAAGGGUUACUUGAUUGAUGGCUAUCCCCGGGAGGUGAAGCAAGGCGAGGAAUUCGAGAAGAAGGCCUGA